AACCGACCGACGUGGGUCGGAGAAGGGACGGGACCAGCCGGAGCAGUAGCAGUCUACGUCGCACACUGCACCAGCCACACCCAAAGAGCUAAAAAAUGAGUUGGUCUUGGACGGGGAAUCGAAAACAAAAUACCUUCUCUUUCUGUCGAGGAAAAUACGUUCUCAACGUGAAGACAGCUCAACUGCCAAGAUGGUCAAUGUACCUAAAACUCGAAGGACUUUCUGUAAGAAAUGUGGCAAGCAUCAGCCUCACAAAGUGACCCAGUAUAAGAAGGGCAAGGAUUCCCUGUAUGCUCAAGGGAAGAGGCGCUACGACCGGAAGCAGAGUGGCUAUGGUGGGCAGACAAAGCCAAUUUUCCGGAAGAAGGCUAAAACCACAAAGAAGAUUGUCCUAAGGCUUGAGUGUGUUGAACCGAACUGCAGAUCCAAGAGGAUGCUGGCCAUUAAAAGAUGCAAACAUUUUGAACUGGGGGGAGAUAAGAAGAGAAAGGGCCAGGUGAUCCAGUUCUAAACUUUGAGAUUGCUUUGUUCUCUUAAUUUUGAGCAGAAAAUGCUGAAGAUACAGAAAAUUUACCUGUAGAAAAAUAAAUGGUGAUAUUCUUAAUCAAA